AUUUAUCCAUUCAUCACUUUCCAUUACUUUUCCACGUAUAUAUGUACUCUCGUUUUCUGCCUUGUUCAGCUACAGUUUUGUCUUCCACUUUCACCACUCACUUCCGUAACACUCAGCUUUGCUCUUUCUCUUUAACUACUCCAAACAACACCACUUAUAAGAGAAGAAGAUCAUCAUAUCCCCCGGUUAAUAUUAUUGUGAGAUCAAUGGCGUCUGGUGGCCAAACAUUCCCACCCCAGAAACAGGAAGCUCAGCCUGGCAAAGAACAUGUCAUGGACCCUACUCCUCACCAUUCUAGCCAGGAUUAUAAGCCCGCCAACAAGCUAAGAGGCAAGGUAGCGCUGGUGACAGGAGGCGAUUCUGGCAUUGGACGAGCAGUCUGCCAUUGCUUUGCGCUGGAGGGUGCAACUGUAGCCUUCACUUACGUUAAGUCUCAAGAAGAAAAAGAUGCCCAAGACACACUUGGAUUGCUGAGGCAAGCCAAGGCGGCAGAUGCAAAGGAUCCAAUUGCAGUGGCAACAGACUUGGGAUUCGACGACAACUGCAAAAAGGUCGUUGAUGAGGUUGUGGGUGCCUAUGGUCGGAUUGAUAUUCUAGUGAAUAAUGCUGCAGAGCAAUACGAGGCUAGCUCUGUUGAGGAGAUCAAUGAGGAAAGGCUUGAGAGAGUCUUUAGAACUAACAUUUUCUCUUACUUCUUUGUCACUAGGCAUGCUUUGAAACACAUGAAGGAAGGUAGCAGCAUAAUAAACACAACAUCAGUGAAUGCAUACAAGGGGAAUGCAAAGCUGCUUGAUUACACAGCCACAAAGGGUGCAAUUGUUGCAUUUACUAGAGGACUUGCCCUUCAGCUUGUCGAGAGGGGCAUACGAGUUAAUGGCGUUGCCCCUGGUCCAAUUUGGACACCAUUGAUUCCAGCUUCGUUUACUGAAGAGGAAUGUGCGAAUUUUGGGAAACAAGUGCCAAUGAAGAGGGCUGGUCAGCCUAUAGAGGUGGCCCCCUCGUAUGUUUUCCUGGCUUCUAGCCCUGAAUCCUCCUAUAUAACUGGCCAAGUUAUCCACCCUAAUGGUGGGACGAUAGUCAAUGCUUAAGCCUCUUUGGAGCUUUUGUCGGUUUUCGUGGAAAGCUGUGAUCUAUGUUGUGUUAGUUUUAAAUGUACUAUCUGUGUUUUGUAGUAUGGUCUACAGUGGAGUGGCAUCAAUAGAAUAAUGCUCCACUCAGUAUGUUUAUAAGUUGCAAGAUGCUCUCUUUUGUCUCGA